AUGGUGUGCCUGUGUUCCCUCCUCCCCAUGGGCUCGCUUCUCCUCCUCCUCCUCCUCCUCCUCAGCCCUGUGGCCCAGGGGGAAUAUGGGGUGGUCCACGUCGUGUCAAAGAACUGGAGCAAAGACUACUGUGUCCUAUACAGCUCUGACUACGUCACCCUCCCCAGGGAACUGCAGCAUGCCCCACUGCUGCCCCUGCAUGAUGGCACCAAGACAUCAUGGUGUCCAGGACAGGACACCUUCCACCAGGCCCAGGCCAGCUCCCCAAGACAGCAGCCCCUCCACCAGACUACCACCAUGGUGAUGCAUGGCAACUGCAGCUUCUAUGCCAAGGGAUGGCUGGCUCAGGAACAAGGUGCCCACGGGCUGCUCAUUGUGAGCCAGGCUAGUGACCAACAGUGUUCAGACACCACUUCAAAGUCCCAGGACCCCAGCAAGCCACUACCAGGCCUCACCAUCCCAGUGGCUGUGCUCCGCUAUACCGACAUGCUGGACAUCCUCAGCCACACUCAUGGUGACACCAACGUCCGUGUAGCCAUGUAUGCGCCCUUAGAGCCCAUCAUUGACUAUAACAUGGCUGUCAUCUUCUUCCUAGCAGUGGGCACUGUUGCUGUGGGCGGCUACUGGGCUGGCCUGAUGGAGGCAGACAGACUGCAGAGGCGCUGGGCCCGAGGAGGAGCGGGGCUUGAUGGCCACAAUCAGCAGCAAGCAGUGGCAGCUGGGAGACCCCAGAGGGACCAGGAAGAUGAAGACAAUGAGGAUGCCCCUGUAGACUUCACUCCAGCCAUGAUGGGUACUGUUGUCACCAUGUCCUGCUCCAUCAUGAUAUUGCUGUACUUCUUCUAUGACUGCUUUGUCUACGUCAUGGUUGGGAUCUUUGGCCUGGGUGCCAGUACUGGCCUCUACAGCUGUCUGGCACCCAUGGUGCACCACCUGCCCCUGCAGCAAUACCAGUGGCAUCUGCCAGGCCACCGGACCUAUAUACGGCUGCCAUUGCUGUUCCUGGCAGGCCUGUGUACUGUGGUGACCCUCCUCUGGGUUGUCUACCGUAAUGAUGACCACUGGGUGUGGCUCCUACAGGACACCCUGGGUGUCUCCUACUGCCUUUUUGUCCUGCGACGCGUGCGGCUGCCUACACUUAAGAACUGUACCUCCUUCCUGCUGGCCCUGUUAGCCUUUGAUGUCUUUUUUGUCUUUGUCACACCUCUUUUCACCAAGACUGGAGAGAGCAUCAUGGUGAAGGUAGCAUCAGGCCCUGCAGAUUCUUCAAGCCACAAGAGGCUGCCCAUGGUACUCAAAGUGCCCCGGCUGAGCUUCUCAGCCUUGACAUUGUGUGACCAGCCCUUCUCCAUCCUUGGCUUUGGUGACAUUGUAAUCCCUGGCUUCCUGGUGGCUUACUGUCACCGCUUUGACAUGCAAGUUCACUCCCGUCAGAUCUACUAUGUGGCCUGCACAAUGGCCUAUGCUGUGGGCCUGUUGAUUACCUUCGUCGCCAUGGUCCUCAUGGAGAUGGGCCAGCCUGCCCUGCUCUACUUAGUGUCCAGCACCCUGCUUACCAGCCUCGCUGUGGCUGCCUGCCGCCAAGAGCUCUCCCUUUUCUGGACCAGCCAGGGCAGAGCUAAGACAUCUGCCAGGCCUUCAGCAGAGCCCUGCAUUGCUUCAGCAACAGGCCCCAAGCUGAAGCAGGAGGUUGUACCAGAUUCCAGUACAGCCAAUGGGUUUGAAGAGGCCACCAACCAAGAAUCAGGAGACUUAGACAGCAACCCUGGAGAUGACAUGGCUGAGAUGGUCACCCUAUCUGAGGAUGAAGCCACCAGUCCAGAGGGCCACAGUGAGAGCUCGGAAGGCUGGAGUGACGCCAACCUAGAUCCUGAUGAGCUGCCUUCUGGCUCCCCCAGGGCCCUGGAAGAGCUGAUGCCGCUGGCCAUGUUGAAACCACUGAUCCCACCCUCGGAGCUGGGCCACAUCCACACCCAGGCCCAGGCCCACGAUGUCAACCUGUCUUGGAUGGGACUCCACAAGAGAAAGGGCUUGAAGGUAAAGAAGAGCUUGUCAACCCAGGCUCCCCUGUAA